GCUUAGCCGGGGUUGCCUUGGCUGAGAGAAAUAAAGGAGAAGGAUUCACGGAUUAAGAUAAAUUCCUCAUUUUCAUUACAGGCUUGGAGCUCCUCACUUUGACUUGUGCUUAUGUGAACGGGAGCCAGAAAACCUUGAGAGCUCCAAACUAAGCUUCGGCACGGACAUGGCACAGGAGAAAAUGGAACUAGGCUUGGAGGUGCUGCCGAGUUCAACCCCCACAGAAGACAACACUCUGAGAAGAUCCAACAGCGUCCCUUUGAUCAGUGGGCUUGGUGGUAAUUCACAGGUGUUCCAAUCUGAUACAUUAAGAACUCGAAGAAACAGUACAUCGUGUAUGGCACAGCACUAUCUGUUUGUGCCACCUUCUCCCAUUCAGGCUUCCACCAGUCACCUUCAUCAAAUCAAACAGGAAGAAGCCAUGGAUUUAAUGAAUAGGGAAACAAUGCAUGAAUGAGAGAAGAGCUGGCUUAGUCAGACAUAGAAACUCCCCGUCUGUGUCUGCUCAAGGCAUUACCAACCGAAUAGCUCCAUCUGAAACAUCAGACCUGUAGAUUAAAAUUAAAAAAGGGAAGAUGCAUUCUCUGACAUUUUUCCCCAGUGAAGAAAUUAAGAUGGAAAAGGAAAAGUUUGUUCCUAAGUCUGUAGUUCUAAUCCUCAAGAGUGAAGGAGUUAUGGUGUGUGGGGUAGGGUUCUCUUAAAAGAAAAAUUGUGUAAAUGAAGUGUUUUGUAGGGCACUUAAAAGAAAUGCAGGAUUGUGCUUGA